AUGGAUGAGAUGGCACUGGCAGUUGUAGCUACCAAGCAACACCAGAGUUGGAGUAUAUAUGGUCGUAUGAACAUUGGUAGUCGUCCAUCAAAACGGAAGCCAAAUGGAGGCAUUGAAUCACUCCCAGCCAUCCCAUGGAUCUUUGCAUGGACUCAAGCAAGGUUUCAUCUACCUGUGUGGCUCGGUUUUGGGGCAGCAUUCAAGCAAGUGAUUAAGAAGGAUAUAAAAAAUCUCCAUAUGCUUCAAGAGAUGUACGAUGUGCGGCCUUUCUUCAGGGUCACAAUUGACUUAGUCGAAAUGGUGUUUGCUGAGGGAGACCCAAGCGUUGCUGCUCUGUCUGACAAAACUCCUUGUAUCAGAAGCAUUAAGGCAAUUUGGAGAGAAAUUGAGGAGCAAUUGUGA